AUGUCAGUACUAUUCCCACUAUCGGUCCAGCUCAAUGGAAGUUACAGCUUGAGGGAUAGAGCAAGGUUGAGUGAGAAAUCUUGCUGGGGAGUGUGCUAUUAUGUAUGGGUAAGGCAUACUGAGGCUGAGAGAAGAAUAUUGAAGAGCUUUCACCGUGUUUUCUGUGGUGGUAAAGCUGAGGAAUCUCAACACUGGGUUUUUGGAGAACCUCAAGUUCCUUGUUAUUUCAUAUUUGGCGACUCUUUGGUAGAUAAUGGAAAUAACAAUCGUCUUCCAACUACAACAAAGGCAAAUUAUAAGCCUUAUGGUAUCGACUUUCCCCAUGGCACCACCGGAAGAUUUUCCAAUGGUCGAAACAUUGCUGAUUUCAUUGCUGAACUUUUGGAUUUUCCGAAUUACAUCCCACCAUUUAAGGAUACAAUUAGAGGUUCAAACAUUCUCCAAGGUGUAAAUUAUGCAUCUGGAGCAGCUGGAAUUCGCUUUGAAACUGGACGAGCACAGGGCAAAGUAAUAAGCUUGGACCAACAAUUGAAGAACCAUGAUUAUACAAUUUCACAGAUUAAUGGCUUAUUGAGAAACAACAGUGCAACUUCAGCAUAUCUCAAAAGUUGCUUAUAUAUGGUUGUGAUUGGUAACAACGAUUACCUUAAUAAUUAUUUUCUGCCAUUUCCCUACAGUACAACUAGCAUCCGAUUUACUCCACAGGAGUAUGCCAUUGCCUUGAACAGACAACUCUCCUCCCAAUUGAAGAGUCUAUAUGGGCAAGGAGCUAGAAAAAUAGCCAUUUUUGGAGGUGGUCUCCUAGGGUGCACUCCAUAUGCAAUUGCAAGAUUCAACACCCAAGGAUCUCCAUGUGUUGGCAAAAUCAACAAUGCUGUUCAACUUUACAAUGUUGGCCUCAAGUCUCAAGUUGAAGAUCUCAAUAAUAACCUUACUGAUGCCAAGUUUAUCUUUGUUGAUACAUACAAAAUUUCCAUGAUUGAUACUUCAAAUCAAGGUGGAAUAAUUUUUGAUGCUCCUUGUUGUGAAGUUCCCCCUUAUGGAUCACAAUGUGCUCCUUUUGGAAGAGUAUGUGCCAAUAGGACCAACUACAUAUUUUGGGAUGGAGUUCAUCCAACUGAGGUUGGCCAGGAGUCAUUAGCAAGUAGGGCGUAUAAUGCCCAAUCUCCAAACGACACAUACCCUUUUGAUAUUAGUCAUCUUGCUCAGUUGCCUUUGGAAUGAAAAUGGAUGAGCAAGCACUUGAAUCUGAAACUGAUAAGACUCGGAUCUCGUCUAUUUAAAAAUUGUAUUCCUAAGACACAAAUAAGGCUUACGUAAAAGUUUUACUUCAAUUUCUUUUAUAACAUGGGAAUUCUAUGAUGUUUAGGGAAAUAUUCCCAUUGUAA